CGUUUUACUUAGAAAAUAUCUUAAUACGAAAUCAUGAUAAAUAAACCAUAAUAGUUACUCUCGAUGGAAUCAUUUGAAAGAUGUUUUACCAUUCAACUACUAAGUUGAAACAUCAUAAAUACAUUACCUAAUAACUCAAAUUAUCAUCUUAGCCACGAUCAAUAGAACGUGUUAAGAACGCUCACAUUUCAAAUCACUCAUUUUAAAAACUUCAAUAUCAUCGAACUACGUGGACUUUGAUCCCGGUUAGCCCGGGUACGUAGGCAACCAAUAGGUUUCAAGUCCAACUAACAAAUUUUAUUCGCAUUCCUAAUGUGUGAGACUCAACAUUUAAAAUUCACAAUUACACCGAACUACGUGGACUUUGAUCCCGACUACUCGGGUACGUAGGCAACCAAUAGGUUCGAGUCCAGCUAAAACAUUUUCGUCACAUUUCAACGUGUGGGACUCAACAUUUAAAACUCACAAUUACAACGAACUACAUGGACUUUGAUCCCAACUAAGUCGGGUAAGUAGGCAACCAAUAGGUUCAAGUCCAACCAAUCUAAAAAAUAUUUUUACGUCAAUAGGCGUGAAAAUUAUCAAGUAACUACAACAAUUCAAAAUUUACGUCCAAUUGAACUUUAAAAAUACACCCCAAAAUUAUUAAAAUCCUACAAUUAAAUACAUAAACAAAUCACAAUUAACAUUACACCCAAUCUCUAAAAACUUGUCGAUUUACGUAGUACCCGUUAUGGGGCGUUGUGGGGUGUGUAUACACUUCCCCACACGUAACCGUACUCCCGAACCUAUAACAAUCUAAAUUUCGCAGACCAGAAUUCUGGUUUUAACAAGAAAAAAAAAAUUAAAACCGGAAAAGGGUGUUCGACCCACCCCAAAGCACGGUUGAUGGUGACUCCAAAUCGAUUCGCGACGGAUAUCCCGAUCUCGAUGAAUGUGUUUGGCAAACCAAAGCCAUUAUUCUGUGCCACAAAUGCGCAGAUGAUCAAUAUGUCUAUUCUCUUUCUUGGUCCCAUGUCAUAAAUCUGAAUGUUUGCUUUUUAUACUCUUGUGUGACAUAAGCCAAUUAUUAAUUGUGAAAAUAAUGGUUAGGAUACUGACAGUGAAUUUGACGGCUUUGACAGUAAUUUUGCAUUAAUGACAAAGGAGCAUCCCAUACUUAAGGAAUGAUAAUGAUCAUAAUAAAUAUUAAUGAUAAAUGGAACAUCCCCUACUUAAAUUGGGGGGAAGUAGACUUGCCUAGCUAGCCCAUAAUGAAUCAAUAUUUGUGUGCCUGAAGAAGAAGGGCUGCCCAUCAUGUCUGAAUCACUUUUUUUUUGUUUGAUAAAUGUCUGAAUCACUUAAGAAACUCCAUUUCCUCUCCCCCUGUUUCUACUGCAGUUAAAAAUCAGUACCCAUUGGGAACAUUAAAGAUCUCAACUUUCUGCUGAUAACAAAUCUUCCCAUGUGAUUACUUGCACAGAAUUAACAAGAACAAGUGAAAAAGAUUUCAUCUUUACUACAAACAACAACAUCCCAUCUUGUUCCUUCCCUUUAAUUAAAAGCCUGCAUAUACUCUCUAAGCCAAAAGAAAAGUCUUGUGCUUGCCAAAAUCCAGAUUCUUGGAAAACAGUUUCAGGAAUUUGGUUUUACAGUCCACCAUUGGCAAUCCCAAUACACCAAAGUCAAAGGAAGAAUCUUACCUUUGCAACAUGUCACAUUUCUAGAACCUCGCAGGCUUUUUCUAUUUGCUCAGAGAACCAGACAGGCAGUUCUAAGAAAUGGAGAAAAUUAGUUGUACCAAGGUUGUUCUUCCAGGCGAGUCCGAGGAGAAACCAAGUGGCAAGAUUGGGUACAAGAUUGUCAGCAGAGGGAUCAAAUGUGAGAAGCUGAGGAACCUGAUUAUCAGAGCAGUGAAAGCUCACAAGUCGAAUUCGAGUAAUCCUGCUUCUUCUACACCUGGAGAAUCCAGGUUCUGGACAAUAGGAAUCACACUGCUACUGAUUGUGAUGUGGGCUUGUGGAAUGCAGUCAAUGGCUUUCCAUAAUGCCAAGUGGCCAGCCACCGCGAAAUUUCAAUUUGCCCAUCCUGCUGUUCUUAUACCUGAAAGAGUUUACCGCAACAAUGGAUAUCUGACCGUCUCAUCCAAUGGAGGAUUGAAUCAAAUGCGAUCAGGAAUUUCAGACAUGGUUACUAUAGCAAGAUUCUUAAACCUGACACUUGUUGUUCCUGAACUGGACAACACCUCAUUUUGGCAAGAUAACAGUCAGUUUGGGGACAUAUUUGAUGUGGAUCACUUCAUUGAUUCCUUGAGAGAUGAACUCAGGAUUGUGAAAGAGUUGCCCCCAACACAGAAGGAAAAACUAAAGACUCAACCACUGUAUCAAAUGGCAACUCGUAGCUGGGGUAACAUGUCCUAUUACUAUCGCACGGUUCUGCCAGUCUUCAAAAAGUUUGGAAUAGUCCAUUUCCUGAAGACUGAUGCUAGACUCUCAAACAAUGAGCCUCCCGAGAAUGUUCAGAAGAUGCGGUGCAGGGUUAACUAUGAAGGUCUAAGGUUCACUCCACACAUAGAGAAAAUAGGGAAGAAGGUUGUGAGCAUCUUGAGGAAUAAAGGUCCCUUCUUGGCUCUUCAUCUUAGAUUCGAAAAGGAUAUGUUGGCAUUCACUGGUUGCACCAAAGAGCUUGAUAAGGAAGAAGUAAAAGAGCUUACCUCAAUGAGGUAUGCAUGUCCAUGGUGGAAGGAGAAGGAGAUAAACUCAACACAGAAAAGGGAAGAAGGGCUAUGUCCAUUGACUCCAGCGGAAGUUGGACUUGCACUGAAAGCACUCGACAUAGAUCCGGAGAUCCAAGUCUACAUUGCUGCUGGAGAGAUAUAUGGAAAGGACAAAAGACUCGACGAUCUUAGAGCUUUCUAUCCGAAUCUGGUGAAAAAGGAAACAUUGCUACCAAGCGCAGAUAUGGGAGAGAUUAGGUACCACUCAAACAGGAUGGCAGCAGUGGAUUAUAUUGUGUCAUUGGCUAGCGACAUUUUUGCUCCAAGCUAUGAUGGUCACAUGGCCAAAGUUGUGGAAGGCCACCGCCGGUAUCUGGGAUACAAGACGACUAUACGUCUGGAUAGAAAGGUUCUGGUGGCACUGAUAGACAGGUACAGAAGUGGGAAAAUGAAGUGGGAUGAGUUUUCUGAUUCAGUGAAGAAAACUCACAGUGGGCUAAUGGGUGGACCUAUUGAGAGACUGAAGAUCCCUGGCAAGCCUAAAGAAGAGGAUUACUUCUACUUAAAUCCCGAGGAAUGCUUGCCAAAAAUUGAUCCUUCUUUAAGGGGUUUAAGGUCAGACAAGACAAAGCAUUAGAAGCUCCCCACUUUUCUGAUAAAAGAGACCUGGAAGCUGUGUUCUUUCUUUCUUUUUUACUGUUACAGUUAGAAAACAUCAUUUGUCAAGUGGUUAUGCAGUACAUAUAUUAUUGUAGAGUGGUUAUGCAGUACAUAUAUAUUGGAAUAUAAAAGCCUUGAUUUGAC